GAAAAAAGUGGGAUGUAUUCUACAACCGGAGCCCCCUCCUUCUUUUGGUUUGCGUACUCCAGAUUUUGACACCCCCAGAGAGCUACAUAGGGACUGAGCCUGCCACUUCUGAGGUCAUUUGUUGAAUGGGGAUGAAAGCUAUAUUACAGUGCUUUGCUUCGGGAAGGCACACGCGUGGCACGUUCGGUAGAUGCGGCGCAUGUUCGUAUUUUGUGCUGGAUUACUUGCCAUGAGAGUUGUGGACUGCCUCAGCUUUUCAAAAAUAUGGAAUAACUCAACUUUUAAAAUGCACCCCCAUUGGAUAUAACCUGCGAUGAGUGAAGAGGAGCUGAGAAGCUCCCCCGCUGCUUUUAGAGAGUGAGAAGGAUUAGGCUGGAGCUCAGUGGAGGCACCACUGCACUCUCACAUAGGCAACUGGAGCCGGAGCCAUGAGCAGGGCGCUUACGGAGCACAUCAGCAGUAGCUUCCGAGAAGAUGCUCCUCGUCCUCCGGUACCGGGAGAGGAGGGAGAGUCGUCAUGCUACAUACCCAGCCGGUCUGGAAAAAUGAAAGCCCUUAAUAAGGUUAACGAUAACCCCGCUGCUGCCGCGCUCCCCGGCUCCGCUCGAAGGAGGAACGAGGAUGGCUUGGGGGAGCCGGAGGGAAGUGCGUCCCCGGACUCACCGCUGAUCCGGUGGACAAAGUCUUUACAUUUUCUUCUUGGCGAUCAAGACGGUGCUCAUCUCUUUCGGACCUUUUUGGAGCAGGAAAAUUGCGUGGACACUUUGGACUUUUGGUUUGCUUGCAACGGCUUCAGGCAAAUGGACUUGAAGGAUACCAAAACAAUGCGAGUUGCCAAAGUUAUUUUCAAACGGUACGUUGAGAACAACAGCAUUGUUGCCAAGCAGCUCAAACCUGCCACCAAGACCUACAUAAGGGAUAGUAUUAAAAAGCAACAGAUAGACUCUGCCAUGUUUGACCAGGCACAAACAGAGAUCCAGUCCAACAUGGAAGAGAACGCUUACCAGAUGUUUUUAACGUCUGACAUAUACCGCGAGUAUGUGCGCACUGGCUGCGAGAACGCAGCUUACGCGAAUCACGGCACACUCGGCAGCCUCAAGCUUAUGUGUGGAUAUCUUCCACCUCUUAUGGAGGAAGAGGAGUGGAGCUGUCAAGACCUGAGGCCAAAGGCUUUCGGUUCUGUGGUCCAACUUUCAGCUAAAUCCUUGCGGGCGACUGCUACCUUCCGGCCAACUGCUGAAAUUGUGGAGAACAGUUGCAGGGCACACCGUCGAGGAGACAAUGCCAGCCCGUAUUUUGUCAACUCUGGCUACAUCUUUGCUCCUGCCACCAGUGCCAAUGACAGUGAGAUCUCCAGUGAUGCCACCACUGAUGAUUCAAUGUCAAUGACAGACAGUAGUGUAGAUGGAAUCCCUCCUUAUAAGCUGGCUCCCAAGAAGCACCUCCAACGAGAGAUGACCCGCAGUGUCAAGAUCAAUGGCCAGAUUACACUUCCCCACUUUCCAAGGACACACCGUCUGCCUAAAGAGAUGACCCCUGUUGAGCCUGCAUCAUUUGCUGCCCAACUCAUAACGCGGCUUGAGAAGCUGAAGCGAGAGCAAGAGACCAUGAGUACUUUGGCGGAGAGGCUACAGCAGAUCCAAGAGGAGGAGGAAAAAGAGGAAAGCACAGAGCUCACCAGCAACACCUCCCUCCAUCAUCCUCUUCUUCCAUCCGGUAGCCAGUGUGAGGAGGACCCCCAAGCUAUCCUCGAUGAUCAUCUAUCACGCGUCCUGAAGACGCCCGGCUGCCAGUCACCCGGAGUGCUCCAGCAUUCGCCACGCUCACACUCCCCAGAACGGACAGGUGCCUUGGUAUCUUCAGGCCACGGGUCCUUCUUUGGUGCUUAUCCUGGCUCUGCCAAAGGUCUCAUGUCGGGCCGGCAGUCCUCCAAACAUACCCAUCACCACUAUAUCCACCAUCAUAAUGCUGGGCCAAAGACUAAGGAGCAGAUUGAGGUUGAGGCAGCUCAGUGUGUCCAGUGCCUCUGCCCUCCAGGAGGUGCCAAUUACUCUGACUUUAACCCUGUUCGCUGCAGCACUUUGUCUAGACGGCAAGUCAGAUCCUCCAAUGAGGGUAUGACGUCACCAUGCCUUCCUAUUGAUACCGCUGACCGAUCUCAGAACGUUUGGCAGUGGAUUCUGGAGAGUGAGAGACAGGGCAAACACAAGUCUCACAGCAGCUACCCUGGUUUUAAGAAGCCCAGCCCCCUUGACUUCAAGAACCAGCCUGCUCGGACUCACCCCUUAUGGGGUGGGGGUGGCAUUGGUUCUGGGACUAAUCUUCGUGGGCACCACCCUGGCCAUCCGUUUCUACAGGACCCAGCCAUGCCUCCGCUGCCACCACCCAACACUCUAGCACAGCUCGAAGAGGCCUGUCGUAGACUGGAGGAGGUCUCCAAGCCACCAAAACCAAGGCACUCAACAGCAGCCAUCUGCCUCAGAAACCAGAGCCAUCCAGCUACAUCCUUCCCUGCUGGAGGCAGCUCCCUAGCUAGUUGUGGACUACAAACGGACGAGUCUAAUGAACUAAUGGUCACUUACUUUUUUUGUGGUGAGGAGAUUCCUUACCGGAGUAUGAUGAAGACCCACUGCCUCACCUUGGGACACUUUAAAGAACAGCUUAGCAAGAAAGGCAAUUACAGGUACUACUUUAAGAAAGCCAGCGAUGAAUUUGAGUGCGGUGCCGUAUUCGAGGAGGUGUGGGAGGACGCCUCGGUUUUGCCCAUGUAUGAUGGCAAGGUGCUGGGCAAGGUAGAGAGGAUGGACUGAAAACACUAGCAACUUCCUUUACACCAGAAGCUAAAGUUCCGGAAACUUACUGAACUUUAUUUCUAAAAAAUGAUGAAUACUAAGCUAAGAAAAAAAAAAAAAAGAGUUAAUAUAUCCAGCACAAGGAGCGAUUGAAGGAAGACGAGCCAAUGAAGUAUGCCUAAUACAGAGGAGGGGCUGUCCCUCCCUGAUUUUCUCAACCAACCAGCCUUAGAAACAAACACAAGGGAACAACAUGAGAAACUGAAAAAGACCAAUGUAAGGGGGGGGGGACCCCUUACCGCUUCUUGAAUACAUAACCACUGUUGUGAUGCAUAUUGAGAGACUGUUGUGCGUUUACACUGACACGCGGGUCAAGUGCAACGGACUAGCAGGAGGGCUGGAGAUGCAGCACACCAACCAGCCUAUGCUUCAGCUUACUACAUAGUUAUAAAGUGUUUAUACAUGUGCAUAUACAUAACUUGCAUAUAUGUAUGUAUACAUGUAUCGUAUUUAGAUGCGUUGUGUCACAAGUUGAAGGUUUAUAUUGAAUAUUUAUUGAGAAAAAAAAACUCGCCCCUCCCAACCUUGUUCCUGCCCUCUUCCUAUUUUCAGCCAAAAGGCAAGCUGCUUUGGAUGUUGGGAGAAUACUGUGGUGAAAUUGUUUCGUAUUUUGUUUUGUUCGAUGUUACUAUACACAAAGGAUGUGACACUAGCCUAGCACCUCCCAUCGCCUUGUUACCCUCUCUGAUCCAAAUUAACAUUCUUCAGUCGAGGCUUCUAACGGUCAAUCCCAGUUUUAUAUGCUGCUGAAAGUUUUAAAUGGUAGUUUUGUCACUCCGCCUUUGCCAGAAAUCACUCUUUGUGUCUUUAGGCUGGCAACAGAGCUCGAUUCUUGUGUUGUGCCUUUGUAAAUUGGGCUUUGCAUGGGGGACGGCAGAACGCACGGAGCGGAGACCUGGAACACAAGUUGUCCCAUCUAAUAAUGGCCGUGUUUACAGCUCAAGCACCAAAAUUAUUUGAACUAACGAGAACAAGUUUGAGAGGGGAACAAAAAGUGAACAAUGAAGAACAAUGGCUCUGAUAUCCUUUGAAUGUUGCUAUAAUGAUUUUGUAUUUAACAAAACUCCUGUAAACAUUGUAAUUAUGCAUUGAUUGGAAAGUAUGGAUAUCGACACACGUGUUGCACAUCAGGAGUAUACGUUCAACAACACUUAAAAGAACACACUAUUGCUGGUGUUUUAGGAGUACAGCGCCUGUGCCUAAAUGGAUGCCAUACCAUGUGCUACCCUGUUUCAGGGUUUUAAUAUAUAUCCCUUGGUUUUCAGAAGGGUUUUUAUGUUGGAAAGAAUAUUUUUAUGCUUUUAGUGAUAUCAUGUAAUCGUGUUUGGGUUUUUAUUGUUUUAUUUAGGCUUUUUUUUUUUACACCACAGCCUUUUUUCAUCCUAUCAAAACUGUAAAUUAUACAUUAUAUAAAGAGUUUCAUUUAAAGAUUUACAUGGACCUAUAAUUAUUGUAAUUAUUGAGAGAUGUAGCCUUUAUUAAAGUUUUAUAUUUUUCAAAUGA